AUGCAGCUCGAGCCAGAUCUUCACAUAACUCGCGCGAACCCACACUAUACCCACGCGCCAGAGUCCUUAUUACUUGGCCUGGAGAACCACGUCCGUAACCACUUUCCAAAAAGCUUCUUGACGGAUCUCGUCAUUAGAUGCAACGGAACCGAGUUCAAUGUACACAAGAACAUAGUCUGCUGGCAAUGCGAUUUCUUCAAAACCGCUCUGGACCCAAAGAACGGUUUCAAGGAAUCCACCACUGGUGUAAUUCACAUGGAUGACGAACCUGCCAUUCCGGUCCAACUCAUGCUUCAAUUCCUCUACACAAAACAGUACAACCCCGUUCUCAAGUCCGGAGACUGCGACUCCGCUUUCGACCGCGUGAACUUUCAAAUGGAAAUGUACGCGUUCGCCGAGAAAUACCAAGUCAAAGAAUUAUAUAGCCUCGUCGCCCGCCACUUCGCCGUCGCUGUAGAGUCGAUCAACCUGCGCGAUCCCGCGCGCUUCCGCGAGCACGCCGUCGACCUCAUCCACGCCGUCUACACAUCGACCGGCCGCAGCGCAGACCACCUGCGCGACGUCGUCACCGCCACCAUCUUCCAGCGAAACCCGCACCGCCUCUCCCUGCUCCACAGCAUCGAAUUCGUCGCGCUCGCCGACUCGAAGCCCGAGAUCUGGAAGGACUUCCUGCUCGGCGUGCUCGGCCUGGUCCCUCCGAGUUCCGCCUCGCCGUGCAGCUACAGGGCCUCGCCCUACGCGCUCCUCGACCAGGACCGCCUGAAGUUCUUCUGCCAGGACGUCCCGACGAACCGCCGCUUCUGGACGAGGAGGGUGCUCGGGCUGACCCGCCCGGGGAUGAAUGAGAAGGAGACGCCUGCUGUCCUGUGUUCGCCGGUGCUCGUCCACAAGAUGAACGAACUGAGGCGGUGCACCAAUGCGCCGGCGUUCUGGAAGAGGUGGGUUCGUGCGCUGCUGGGCGUGCAGUGCAACCCCAAGCUGUAUCGGUGCAGGGAUGGAUGCGGAGAGGUGUUUGAGUGGGCGUUGCCGACGAACGCAGCGAGGGACACGGGAUGGCCGUGUAGGAAGUGUUUGAAGGUCAAGAAGACGGUUGAUGAGUGGGAGGACUGUGCGGAGGUUGCAGGCGAAGAUGGUACCGCUGCGGAUGAUCAGGGCAAUCAAGAAGUGGAGAUUAUCGCGGCGAACCGACUGGAGGACUGUGCAACAAUACUUCACGAUUGUGACGUCAAACGUACUCAAAAGAGGAAGGAACCACCCACGAAUGCCUUGUACGAUGGGUCAGAGCCCUGCAGUGAUGACGAUCCUCCUCAGGAACCAUUGCCGGCGGCCAAGAAGCCUCGCUUCCAUAAUCUCAGCUGGGCUCCAGUGGAAGAAUUUUACCGAUUCGGGGAUUGA